AUGCCCAAGGCGCCGUCCUCGCAGCGCCGCGGUGCCCCGAGCGAACGCCGUCCGUUGCAAAAAGAAAUUGAGCAAGAUGACAGGAUUUCGCGGUUUGGCAACGUCCGUGCGCCAAAAGAGCGUCGCAAAGAGGAGGAGGAGCUCGAAGAGGAGCCACACUCGUCCAUGAAAAUCACGGGCAGCCGCGCCGGCAAAAACUUUGUCGAUCCGCGGCUCAGUCGCAAUAUUCUGCGCCUUGCUCGCGAGCAGCAAGAGGAGCUCGAGCGCGAAGAGGCCGAGCUUGAGGCCGAAGAUAGCAUGCCUUCCGCCGACUUUCGCGAGCUGAGCGAGGAAGAGGGGAGCGACGAGGAAGCACUGGACAGCGAAGAAGGCGACAUGGACGACCCCGACUAUGCGGGCCUCGAUAUUCUCCCAGAAGACCACGCAUUGCUUGAGCGCCACGAUGAGGAAGAGCAGCGCGCAUGGGACGACGAAUCCGGCGACGCGCCACGGCCCAAGAUGCUUGCCGACUUAAUUCUCGCCAAGAUUGAGGCAGCCGAGCAAGGCGCAAUGCAUGCGACGGACGAAGAGCGCAUGAUGCCGCCCGGCAUCAAUCCCAAGGUCAUUGAAGUGUACGUCAAGGUCGGCGAGCUGCUCUCGCGGUAUAAAUCUGGCCCGCUGCCGAAAGCAUUCAAGAUUAUCCCAUCGCUGCCCGCAUGGGAAGAUGUGGUGUACAUUACGAACCCCGAUACAUGGACUUCGCAUGCGACACUUGCAGCGACGCGAAUCUUUGUGUCGAACUUUAAGCCCGCGCAAUGUGAGCGCUUCUACCAGCUCGUACUCCUAGACAAGUUUCGGGACGAGAUCCGGGAUACCAAAAAAGUAAGCUACCAAAUGUACGAGGCGAUGAAAAAGACACUCUACAAACCCGCCGCAUUUUUCAAAGGCAUCCUCUUCCCCCUCUGUGAUGGCGGCGGCGUAUCGCUGAAAGAGGCCGCAAUUCUCGGUUCGAUUAUUUCCAAAGUAUCGAUCCCUGUGCUGCACGCAGCAGCUGCACUUUUGCACCUCGCCGAGAUGGAGUAUACCGGGCCGAAUUCACUUUUUAUUCGUAUUUUGCUGGAUAAAAAGUACGCGCUGCCGUACAAGGUGGUUGACGCUCUCGUCUACCACUUUUUGCAGUUUGCCGACAAGUCGAAAGGCGUGGAAGUGACGCGCACCAAGGCAGGCAUCGUCGGCGAGCGGCGAAUGCCCGUGCUUUGGCACCAAAGCCUGCUUGUGUUUGCCCAGCGCUACAAGCGCGACUUGACGCCCGACCAGAAACUUGCGCUGCUCGACUUGAUCCGCGUUCAGCGCCAUGCAGGGAUCGAGCCAGAUAUCCGUCGCGAGCUUGCAAGCGGUGAAUCACGCGGCGAUUUGCUGCCAGAGCCGCUGGGCAGAGAGGAGGAUGACAUGUCCAUAUAG